AAUCUGAGGAUCCUGAAACAAAUAGGGGAGAAGAAUAUGGAAUGGGCUCAGAACUGCAUCACAUCUGGCUUCCAAGCACUGGAACAGGUUCUGCAGAACACUGCUGGGCGCUACUGUGUGGGGGAUGAAGUUUCCAUGGCUGAUCUGUGCUUGGUGCCUCAAGUUGCCAAUGCUGAGAGAUUCAAAGUGGACAUGUGCCCAUAUCCCACAAUAACCAGAAUAAACAAAGCUCUCCUGGAGUUAGAGGCAUUCAAAGUAAGCCACCCGUCCCGGCAGCCAGAUACUCCUGCAGAGCUGCGAGCUUGA